AUGGAUCACUGCUUCCGCGACUUUGUCGACCAACUCAGAUCCGAUGAUGAUCUGGUUGAAAUCAAUGAUGAAAUUGAUCCUUAUCUAGAGGCUGCAGCUAUAACACGCCUUGUUUGCGAGACAGAUGACAAAGCUCCCCUAUUCAACAAUCUCAAAGGCCAGAACGAGAAGGGCCUAUUUCGCAUUCUUGGAGCGCCAGCUUCACUCAGGAGGUCCAAGAAAGACCGCUAUGGCCGCCUGGCGCAUCACUUGGCAUUGCCUCCCACGGCCAGCAUGAGAGAAAUCCUCGACAAAAUGCUUUCCGCCAGCGAGCUCUCCCCCAUUGAUCCCUCAGUCGUCUCGACGGGACCUGUAAAGGAGAACUCUCUUGUAGGGGAUGAGAUCGACCUUACGGCCUUGCCAGCGCCAAUGAUCCAUCAAGUCGAUGGUGGACGUUACAUUCAGACUUUUGGAAUGCAUGUUGUUCAAACUCCUGAUGGGAAGUGGACGAAUUGGUCAAUUGCUCGUGCCAUGGUCCACGACAAGAAUCACCUUACUGGUCUUGUGCUUGAGCCUCGGCACUUGUGGUAG